AACUGACACGGAAGUGGAAUAAUUAAAGGUCACAGUUCAUUUGGUGUCAACACAUGUGCGUUCUACUUAGCCAUGCGUUUGGAGAGCUAGAAAACUUUAAGUUUUAAUUUUUAGGGUUAUUUUCAAAGUUUAAAAUGCCCAGAGACAUUUCUUCCUCAUCAAGCGAAGAUGAAGCGGACGCUCAUACCGCAAGUGUACCAGAACAGCAGAAUGAAAACGCUAAGAAGGCUUCCAGGUACCAGUGUCCAAGUGACUUUGUGUCUUUCAGCCAUAAGCCCUGCAGCAGCACUCUGACAGAGAGUCUGAAGAACAACAAUAAUGAGCUGUGGCUCAUCAAAGCUCCUGCAAACUUUAAAUCAGAAAGUUUUAGGAACAUCAAGGUACCGCUGUCUGGUCUCCAGACUGUAAAGGUUCCUACACAGACUGGGAGCAGCCAGCAGAUCUACAGCGUCCUGGCAUCUUCACAUGGAGUGUCAGAGCUCUGCUUGCUCACCAGCGAUAAGCCGGGGUCAAAUAACGUUGUCUUUGGCCCCACUUUCUCCGGCCUGCUGAAUGUAUGUGAGAGCUAUGGUGACAGCAGCACCAACCAGACCCCUCAGGUCAUCCCUGCCGCUCCUGCACCCUCCAUCCCACCGGGGCUCAAACAGAGGUUCCACCCUUUUGGCAGUAAGACCCCUACGCUGACCUCAGUGGCAGAGAGCGAGGCGGAUGGAGCCGUGUUAGGGCCCUCGUCUACAACGCUGCGCCCCCUUGUGGUCAAACGAUUCGUUGAGGAAACAUGGCAGGAGGAACAGGGGGAAGAAGGGAGGAAGAAGAAGAAGAAAAAGAAAGAAAAGAGUGUAAAGACAGAGUGCUUAGAAGUGUAUUUGGAGGAUCAGGUGAGGGUGAAGGUGGAGCCUGUGACUGAAAUUCAGGAGGAAGUGAUGAUGGAGCUCCCGACAGAGGAGGGUGAUGUGGUGGGGGAGAAAAGGAAGAAGAAGAGGAAAAAGAAGGACAGGGAGCGAGAGGAAGUGGAGGAGGGCAUAGAGCCCAGUGUGAGGGUGAAAGUGGAACCAGAAAGAGUGAAAACUGAGCCCAUAGACAUUCUGUAUGGAGAUGUAAUGGAGGAGUCGGGGAGGAAGAAGAAAAAGAAGAAGAAAAACAGAACUGAUGAUGACUGAUCUGUUGUCACUGUGGUGUAAGCUGUUUGGUUUUGUUAAUUUUGACCUCCUGAACCCAUCACUGAGCCGGUAUUUUUCUAAUAAACUCCAGAUUAUUGAUCUGUUUCACAAUGUUUGGCUCGGUUUGGCAGGAUAUUGCAUUCAGAGAGCAGCAAACAUCAGAAAUCAAUUCAAUAGUGACAUGAAAAUAAAGUCUUAUGGCGAAUCUUCUUGUCAUUUUGAGGUUUUCUGCACAAAGAAUGUGAACAACCACAGGCGUCAGCAAGCACAUUGACAUUUCCUUCCAGUAUGUUUGAAGUUCACAGGAAGUUUCCUCUCUACAUUGUACUGAUCUAUUUGUGUACAUAUUUCCACUUCAGGCUGGUACACUGCUGGUUUGUAGCAGGUUAAAAAACAGGAAGAAGAGUGAUUCAUCAUAAAGUAAUCUUUUUUUAAUAAAAGAUCUGAGUCAUGUGUUGGAUGAAUGAUUUGUGUGCAGAAAACCACAUGCUAUAAAAUAAACUCCAAAAUUGAUGAAAUGAAGUAAAAUGAAAAA